CGCGCUCUUGUGGCGGCAGUAUGUCACGGCGAUCGGUAAUUCACUGCAAAAACCGUUUUAGACUCCAAGAAAUUCGCUUUUGUCGUCUCACUGCGGUUUUAAAGUUUCACUGACAGAACAUCGCCUCCACUUUGUCGCUUUUCUGAACGAACGUCGUCAUUAUCGCCUCAGUAAAGUUUCCUGAGGGAAUCCGUGUAACGUUAGUUACUACAUCCGGGAGUCUGGCGUCCCUGGAUACAGCGUGAUCAGUGUAAACAAACGGGUUAUACGCGCAAAAACGCGUCAAAACAGAGAGAAGACCGAUUUAGAUGAUUUAUUUGAGAAUGUAAAUGUGCUGUUGUGGGUGAUAAUGGAGGUUUCUGCGGGUGAUAUGAGUCGUUCUGGAGCCUGUGAUGAGAGUCCGCGGACCCUGGAGCUCAUCAGCCCGGAUCACACAGCACUGACGGAUCCAGAGGCGUUUCAUGAGAAAAACAGCGGCUGUCUGACGUUAGCUGAGAAGAUGCUCACUGAUCAAGUGUCUGUGGAUCGUAUGGACAUCACAAAGGGUUUUCUGGAUGAUAUUUCUCGGCCGGCCUCCAGUGAGAUCAAAAGACUGAGUCGAGAUUGUCCCAGAUCUCUGGAGGUGCUCAGUCCUGACGUCACACACUCAGAGGUUCACAGCAGCACACACGAGAGGACUGACCUUACAGCGGAAAACAGCUCUGAUCAAGAAGAGUCUGAUGAAGAAACCGAAGAUCCAGAGUUGAGAAAAGCCAUAAAGAAAAUGAAGAGACUGGACCGGACUCUGGCUCUCAAGGCGUCAGCGGAGAGAGAGGUGAAACAGAGAGGAAAGGAGCAGCACCAGAGACUCUGCCAGGAGCUUCAGGCCGUGAAUCUCAGGAUGAGCAGCAAUGAGAUGGAAAACACCAGACGCUUCCUGGCACUGACACCCAACAAUUAUCAGGACUGUGAUGAAGUGGAUUUUGUCCCUGUGUUUGAGACUGAAGUUCUCGAUCUGAAGAACAACAUGAACACCAGACAUGAGACGGAAGAACACGCGGGUCAGCAGGUGAUGGAGGAUCAGCCGGCAGACGGCAGACAGCGAGGAGCUGCUCGCAGCAAGCGCAGACAAGACUUUGUCAAGAGAAAUAUUGAGCUCGCAGGAGCGACAGGAAACUCGUUUCUGCUCACGCAACAGGAGAAAGAGAGAAUAGAGGAACUGCUGAAAGAUCUAGAGGAAGAACUGGAUGACAGUGACCUGCUAACUGAACCGCAGGUGGUCUCGUCGUCUCUGUCAGUUGGUGAAGCUUUCAGUCCUGAACCUUCUGAACGCCACAGUCUCCAUCAUAUUGACUCCAGACUGCAGCUGCUACUUCCUGUGCAGGACUUCCUGUCUGUGCGGAGCCCGUCGCAGGAGAGUCUGCAGGAAAACACAGGAGACACAGAGAGACGUCUGCGAGAAAUCCAGCUGCAGCUGCAGCUCCUGGAGGAGGACGAGCCCAGCGCCUCGGUUCGUUUGUCCAGCGAUCAGUUGAGGAAUCUGCUGCUGGAAUGUGAGGAGGAAAUGAUCCGAUCUCCUGCAGGCUCCUCAUCAGAAUCAUCUCUCAGGACGAGCUCGGCUCUGGACGCUUCUCCACGUCUCUCCGGCUCGGAUCUGCUACGGGACGCCGCGGCACAGUGAGAAUGACACAAAGAAAAAGGUUGCACAAUAAAUGAGGACAUGGAUGCGUGUUUGUCAUCGAGUCUCUGAUGUGUCUGCCAGCGUCAGUAUAACAAUCAGACUCCAGAACAUCUGAAAUAGAACGUAAGAGGACAAAAUAAAAUGUUCCUUUUCAAAAAUCAAACCAGUAUGUCUUUUUAUUCAUGUCAUGCGCUUUUGAUUAACCCCAAAAAUA